AUGCCGAGAAAGAAGAGGCUCCUGGCCAAUUUUGCGAGGUCUUCGGACAUCUCGGAACCUCAGGCAGCGCCUUCGCCAGCUUCGAUGUCUUCCUCUGACCUGAAAGGCCUUGCCAAGAAGGAGGAGGCCGAAGAUGCCGCGGAAAUCGCGGCAAACCUGAAGAAGGCUCAGGAGAAGGAGUUGGCCGAAAAGCAGCGGCUAGCCGAAGAAGCCAAGAAGCAAGCCGAAGAGGCUGAGCGGAAGCUUCGAGAGCAGAAGCUGAAAGCAGAGAUGGAAAAGAAGAAGAAGGAAAGAGAGGAGCGACAGAAGGAGCAGGCCAAGAAGGCAGAAGCUGCAAAGCUUGCGGCCUCUGAAAAGAAGCGGAAAGAGUCUGCCAAACCAGCGCCACCAGCAAAGAAAGCUAGCAAGAAGGCAGUGCUGAAGGCAGCCUCCCAGGUGGAGGAAGCAAAGAGCAGCAGCGAGGAGAGCAGCGAAGAGGAGGAAGAAGAGGAGGAAGAAGAGGAAGAGGAGGAGGACGAGGAAGAAGAAGAGGAGAGCUCCGAAUCGAAGCCGAGAAAAAAGGCGAAGAACAGCAAGAAUGGCAAGGAAACCAAGAAGCAGAACGACAAGAAAGACAAGAAGGCCAAGGACAAGUCAACCCAGGAGCGGAAGAAGCGGACCGAGGAGCUCAUAAAGCAGAAGUUUCAGGAAGCCAUGAGGAAGAAGACGGCCGGCAAAGCGAAGCAGGCCAAAAAGGCAGGGCGAGAUGGCAAUUUUGCAUUGCUUAUCUUGUAUGGUAUGUUCCUCACAUUUUGUGACAAUUUCUGGGGAUCAUCAAGACUGGACAAGCAGUUGCUGGACUUCGUUUGUGGACGCGUUGUGCCAAGUCGCGAACCUGUGGUCGCACGCUCCGCGGAGGUAGCGGGCCGACCAGCUCAGAAGCCCUUCUUCAAGCAGCGACCUCCGGGAACCAACCCGCCAAAGCCUCCAAAGGCCUCGCAGUUCAGCAUGCUUGAUGUGAUCUACAUUCGGAAGUACUUGGCCAAAGACCAGAAGGAGCUGCAGAAGGCUUUGACCUUGUUCUCCAACAUGGACCCUUACAUGAAAGGCCGCAUUCCUGCCUUCCUUGAGAAGACGAGCCUCCUGAACAUGAAGGUCCCCCUAUGA